UGAUCUCCACUAUCAUAAGGCACGCUGCUUUCUCAACGACCAUGCUUCGGCCUGGUGCACAUCGCACUUUAGCGAUUGAACCUUCCCAGUUUUCUUAAAACAAGACCGUUGGUGUGGCGCGUACCUGCCAUUAUCAUCCGCCGACCUCCGAGAAGAAACAUUCGCAACAAAACCUCACACUUCACCAUCGCACCAGAGCAGACGGAGGUAUGGCUCGAAUUCUAUCGUGGGCGAGGCUCGUGCUGGUCGGCUAUGCCGUCGCCGCAUCAGCUGCAGACUCGGUGCAGCUGUUCAUCGACAAUAUGGACCCCAACGCACAAUGGGCGGCCUCCGUCGCCAAUGCUUGCAAUGGCUCGACGACCUAUGUGGUCUCGCAGACCUCUGCCCCGGGCGGUGGAAAUGGAGAGAAAGCAACCAUUACAGAAGGGCCCAACUUUUAUCAAGCCACCACACCCGCCGUGUACAGCGAGACCAGCGCAACCAUGCAUGAGUCUUGUGCCAUCAAUUCGGCCGAGUCUUCCGCUUUGUGCGUGGUAACGGUGGUCGCUGCCAACUACAAUACAGGCGACGCCAUCAGCAAGACCAUAUCCUAUAAUCUCACCGGCACUGGCUACUACCAGUAUGACGUCAAAAUCACAGCUGGCGCUUCACACACUGCGAAUGGUGGUUCUUGUGUGGCUAAAUCCAAUACCGCGAAUAGCAGCAUUUCCGCUCGUGGAUCGAGAGAAGUGUUGCUCACGGCUUUUGUGAUCUUGGCAGGUGUCGGAGGCGUGCUUUGGAUGUGAGGUUUGCUAGGAAGUAAUAAUUGAAGUUCUGAUGUGUUGCAAGAUCUGCUUUCAGAGUUAGCGGAUGCGGGAGUUUUAGGAGUUGAAGUUUCAAAGAUACCAAGGAUGCGACGAACACGCAUUCGUACAGAUUGUAUGAGGAGGAGGAGGAGAUGGGCCACAGUACAGAUAGAUAUAGC